CUUUUGCGAAUCCGACAUUUCACGACUGGACUCUUGUGCCAGAUCAUAUACGAUAGCAGAGUGUCUGCUAUCCUACGAUCAAACAGAGCGACUCAAACGAUAGCGAAUUCGGGCUUCAGAAGAAGCUAGAUACCCGACGGCGCCUCGACAAUUGUGCUUCGAAGGCUUGAGAUAACGUCAUUGAGCACCGCUCCCCUUUUACAAACGAUUAUUCACCAUGUCUUCUCGAAAGAAGGUUCUUCUCAAGGUUAUCAUCUUGGGCGAUAGCGGUGUUGGAAAGACCAGCUUGAUGAACCAAUAUGUCAACAAGAAGUUCAGUGCGAGCUACAAGGCUACUAUCGGCGCCGAUUUCCUGACUCGAGAGGUCCUGGUCGACGAUCGACAAGUUACUAUGCAGCUUUGGGAUACUGCCGGUCAAGAACGAUUCCAGUCCCUCGGUGUUGCGUUCUACCGAGGCGCCGACUGCUGCGUUCUAGUCUACGACGUCAACAAUGCCAAGAGUUUCGAGGCGCUGGACAGCUGGAGAGACGAGUUUCUCAUCCAGGCUUCUCCCCGUGACCCUCCCAACUUCCCAUUUGUCGUGCUUGGUAACAAGAUUGAUGUCGAGGAGAGCAAGCGAGUUAUUUCCAACAAGCGAGCCAUGACUUUCUGCCAGUCCAAAGGCGACAUUCCUUACUUUGAGACAAGUGCCAAGGAGGCCAUCAACAUUGACCAGGCUUUUGAGGUCAUUGCCCGUAACGCUCUAGCCCAAGAAGAGUCUGAAGAGUUCAGCGGCGACUUUGAUGACCCGAUUAACAUCCACAUCGAGAACGACCGCGAUGGCUGUGCUUGUUAAAGUGGAUAGACGAAUAGCGGUGGAGAAUGCUGGUUGUGUCAUGGGGUGCGCAACAGCUUUGGUGAAGAGGAGGUGGAUCAUUGAUAUUGCCUGGAAGUUGCAUACUGAGGCAGCCCGGGUUUAGUCUUUUUGUUUCUCAUUGGUGUUCAUACAUGGAUGCGAGUUCUCUCUCUUUUAAAUCAUGU